GUCCCCGGCGCCCCCGCGGGCGGCGGUUCCCGCAGCUUCGACUUCGGCGCCGACGACGUGCUCUGCUCCUACGAUGACUUCGCCGCCUCGUCCGAGCCCAAGCGCCCCGAUCCGGCCGACAGUGCGCCCGAUUUUCAUGAUAGCAGAUUGGGGAGGCCAUUUGUGAAACCUUAUGAACAAGAAAGUUAUGGGAAAGAGGAUGUGCUUUCUGCUGUUGAGAAAUGCAUGAAAAAGUAUGCUGAUAAUUUGCUACGAUCUCUUGAGGGAAUCACUAGUCGGCUUUCGCAACUGGAGAUUUAUUGCUAUAAGCUUGAGAGAUCCAUAGGUGAACUUCGAAGUGAUGUGCUUCGUGAUGAGACUGACCAUAGGUUGAAGUCUCUUGAGAAACAUCUAAAUGAAGUACACAGGUCUAUCCAAAUUCUUAGGGACAAACAGGAGUUAGCUGAAGCUCAGAAGGAAUUGGCCAAAUUUCAACUUACACAAGAUACAUCUAAAAAGAAGGAAGAUGUACCAACAUCUAUUCCUGAGCAAAAGAAGCUUGAAGAAAACCCUGACACAUCAAACCAGCAAUUGGCUCUUGUUUUGCCUCAUCAGGUGAACCUGCCAUCACUUGCCCCUAGAGCUUCUGAAUCAGUCCAACAGUACAAGAAUCAACCUGUGCAACCAUCAGACCCAACCCCUCCCGUGCCACAGCAGGACCGCUAUGUUCUUAGCCAAGCCAUCGUCUACUACCCACAGCGCCAAGCUCCAGGUAUCCAGGACACACAAGGGCAAAAAUUGCAACCAGAAGUGCAAUACUUACCAGCAAGAUCCCCAGCACAAGAUGUUCCGGUCCAUGCUCCAUCCCAACCACCUCAGGCUGGAAACCAAACACAGCCACAGCCUUACCCUCCUUACCAGCAGCAGUGGCACCAGCAAUCCUCCCAGCCAGCUCCUGCACCGGUGGCCCAGACACAGCAGACUUUCUCACAGCCAUUUCCUCCACCCGCACAGCAGCCCCAGUUAUCCAAUGUGCAGCAGUUUCCACCGCAACCAGUACAGCAGCCCCAAUCCAAUGCUCAACAGUAUCCUCCACCAGUGCAACCACAGCAAUCUAGCCCACAGCUUCCUCAGGCAAUGCAACCACAACAUCCUCCUAUGCAAACUCAGAUGAGACCUCAAACCCCACCAAACUACCCGCAUUAUCCACCCCACCAGCCAUUGAACCCCACCCCUGAAACUCUUCCUGGCAAUGUGGCUAUGCAAGGAUCAUACAACACUGCUGUUCCAUCAGGUGCCAACCGUCCUGAACUGCCAUAUUCGUAUGGAGGGGCUGGCAUCCCACUGUCUCAGUCUCAGCCACUGCCACAGCACAACAUGCAAAGGCACCAGCUACCACCUUCAAGUCAGGGCUCCUUUGGGCCACCUCCAAGCAAAGGGUCCUAUGCUGGCUCUCCACAGUAUGCACCACAGGGCAAUCCGCAAGGCUACAGCACAGGUUACGCUUACCCACCAAACGGCCCUCCAGCAGUCCAGCCGCAACAGAUGCCCCCUGGCGGAGUUGGCAUGAGUCAUCCGGCUUCGCAUAUGAUGCGUGGCCAUCCCUACGGAGAAAUGAUGGAGAAGGCGAUCACCAUGGGAUACCCUAGGGACCAAGUGCUGAACGUCACCCAAAGGAUGGCCGAGAGUGGCCAGUCAAUGGAUUUCAACACCUUGCUCGACAGGCUGAACGAAGCAGGGUCGGGAGCUCCACCCCCACGCGCGUGGUGAUUGGAUCCAGUUUGGGCGCCGUGCUUGGUGUCGGUUAUGUGACUUACGACUGUUAUCAUGCAGCUAAAUAAAUAAGAUUUGGGUUGAUGCCGUGUACUGCUUAUCUGUACAAUGUGCAUAUGUGAUUUUUUUCUCCAUGUAACUGCCACUGGUACUACGAAUGCAUCGCACCAAUUGGACUGUUC